CUACUGUCGUAAAACAACUGUCGUAAAACAGCUGUCGUAAAAACAACUGUCGUAAAAACAACGGUCGUAAAAACACGUCCUGUUCGUGUGAAUAUUUUUUUUUUAUUCGAUGUCCUUUAAUUUUACGCUAAAAUACUACGUGAAGUAUCUAUUUUCAAGAUUGAAAUUGUGAUUUAUAAUUUUAAAUUAUGUUGAAUGUGUAACAUUAGGGGGGUUUGUAAUUUUAGGACAGCUAGCUACUUCCUUAUGUGAGCUGGUCAGGUGGUUAGUACCAGCGGAGUAAAUAUGGCGACGGUCAUGAUGUACAUUUUACAUCAAAUACUUUCACUGUAUUAACUACUGGGACUUUUAUAUAUACCAGUACAUGACGUUCCCACUGCCGAUAUUACCCGGUAACGGUGCACGAUUCCCGGACGAGCAAUGUGUCAUUGAUGGGGGAUACGGUCGUGUUCCGUUUUGCAUCGUCUGACGUCGGUACUGUACGGGGGACGGAGCCGGGGGACCGAGCCAGAUAGAUAGUCCCCGGUGUUAAGUGUUAUUGUUUAUAUUACAGCGGUGACAGACAGACAGACAGGUAUAACAGACAGACAGACUUUGGUCAGAUGUCAUGUUGAUGCGGGGUCUUCAUGCAUCGUGUGAAUCAUCAUGGACAGACAUGUGAAGACAACUCCCAGUUGGGUAGAGGGAACGGGACAGAGACAACCGUCAGUGUCAUGGACUGUUACUCCCAGCCAGUAGAGGGAUACAGACCGACAGACAGACAGACUGGCUAUCAGGCAGACAGACAGACAGACAGACAGACAGACAGACAGACAGACAGCUAGCCUAGUGGAUGGACUUCCUCUGAUGUCAUAGCUGACCCCCCUGGCCCGCCCGGUCCAGAGAAAAAUGAUUGGUGCCCCAGAUGUGGUGGCGUUUACUAAAGAGGAUGAUUUUGGGGAGGUAGGGUACCCCGACCCCCGGGUGGUACCAGAGGAAUUCUCUGUCCCUCUGUUCCCAUCGAACAACAACGCCAACCCCUGGACCAAGACCUCGUACGCCAAGUUCACUAAGGACUUCAUCCUCAUAUCAGAGUUCUCCGAGCAGGUGGGCCCCCAGCCUCUGCUCACCAUACCUGAUGACCCAAAAGUGUUCGGGACCUUUGACCUGAACUACUUCAGUCUGAGGAUCAUGUCUGUUGACUACCAGGCCUCGUUCGUAGGGCACCCUACCGGCAGCGGAUACCCACGACUCAGGCCUCGUUCGUAGGGCACCCUACCGGCAGCGGAUACCCACGACUCAGG